AUGGCGCCGUUUGCGCUUCUCUCUAGAGACAAGCUCCAGCAGGAGCUCAACGCCACCGCCAAGAAGAUUGGAAAGCUUAAAGUCGCAGGCAAGGAAGAAGAUGAGGAGGAGGCGAAGAAGCUGGUGGAGGGCACGAACGAGAUCAAGAAGAGACAAGCUGACAUGGAGGCCGAGGAGCAGAAGACCAAGUCCGCGCUCGACGCCAAGCUGAUGGCCAUCGGCAACAUCCUGCACGAGUCCUUGCCCGUCGCCGCCGACGAGGCCAACAACGUGCUCCUGCGCGUGUUCGGAGAUAGGAGGAUGGAACAGAAGCUGAUGAACCACGUGGACCUCUGCGUCGCGCUCGACAUCGUGGACUUGAAGAGGGGCGCCAAGGCCGGCGGCGGCAGGGGCUACUACCUCAAGGAGGAAGGCGAGCUGCUGAACAACGCGCUGGCCUACUUCGGCAAAGCGUUUCUGCGACGGCGAGGCUACAAGCUGAUCGGGACGCCGCACAUGAUGACGAAAGAAGCAAUGGGCAAGUGCGCGCAGCUCUGGAAAGCCGGCUCGCACUGGCGCGACACGGCCGGCAUCUUCAGAACCCACGAGUUCCAGAAGGUCGAGCAGUUCUGCAUCACCGCCCCUGACGGCGACGCCUCCUGGGAGAUGCACGAGGAGAUGAUCAGGAACGCGGAGGACUUCUACGCGGCGCUCGGCAUCGCCGGUCGCGUCGUCAACGUCGUGUCCGUCGAUCUGAACAACUCGGCCGCAAAGAAGUACGACCUGGAGGCGUGGUUCCCGGCGUCGGGGACGUACAGGGAGCUCACGUAUGGCCAGAGGAAGGACGGCGAGAGGUGCAACAGGUUUGUUCACACGCUCAAUUCCACGCUCACCGCCACGCAGAGGACCCUGUGUUGUAUCCUGGAGACGCACCAGGAGGAGGGCGGUGUUCGGGUGCCCGAGGUGCUGCGACCUUACAUGUCUGGGAUCGACUUCAUUCCGUUCAAGAAACCUCUGGAUCGCCAUGGCGGACCUGCUCGCUCCAAACCAAAGAGGUCUAAAUGA